GAUAGCCUUCUCUUUAUACAUUAUGUUAUUUGUUGAUGUGUUUUUAUUCUCUUUGAUGUCCAUAAAGGGCUGUUGGGAGUGAUGAUGUUUCAAUAAAAUUACGCACUGUGGAGUUUGUUAUGGUGAUGUAGUUUGGACUAGGAAUAAACAUGGGGAUUCAAUGUAUCCUGUAGUGCCUGGACAUGAAAUUGCAGGAAUUGUGAAAGAGGUUGGUUCUAAUGUUCAUCACUUCAAAGUUGGUGACCAUGUUGGAGUGGGAACCUAUGUCAACUCAUGCAGAGAUUGUGAGUAUUGUAAUGAUGGACUAGAAGUUCAUUGCGUAAAAGAAUUAGUUUACACCUUUAAUCGCGUGGAUGUGGAUGGUACUAUUACUAAAGGAGGAUAUUCCAGUUACAUUGUUGUCCAUGAAAGGUACUGCUUCAGGAUACCUGACAACUAUCCAUUGGCUUCAGCAGCUCCUUUGCUAUGUGCUGGAAUUACUGUAUAUGCUCCUAUGGUGCGCCACAAGAUGAACCAACCUGGUAAAUCUCUAGGAGUGAUUGGGCUUGGAGGUCUUGGUCACAUGGCAGUGAAGUUUGGGAAGGCUUUUGGGUUGAAUGUAACAAUUUUCAGCACUAGCUUAUCCAAGAAACAGGAAGCCCUGACCUUGCUUGGUGCAGACAGAUUUGUAGUCUCGGCUGAUCAAGAGCAGAUAGAAGCCCUGGCUAAGUCAUUUGACUUCAUAAUUGAUACAGCAUCUGGUGUUCACUCACUUGAUCCAUACAUUUCGCUGUUGAAAACUGCUGGUGUUCUAGUCCUAGUAGGUUUCCCAAGUGAAGCCAAAUUCAGUCCUGCAAUCCUUAAUCUAGGUAUGAAAACCAUUUCUGGUAGUAUAGUAGGUGGUACAAAGGUGACCCAAGAAAUGAUAGACUUCUGUGCUGCUCACAAAAUUUACCCAAACAUAGAAGUAAUUCCAAUUCAGUAUGCAAACGAAGCUCUUGAGAGGCUAAUAAAGAAAGAUGUGAAGUACCGGUUUGUGAUUGAUAUCGAGAACUCCCUAAAAUGAAACUGCUAGAGAAACAAGGAAUUCUUCUUCCCAAUAUGUAUGUUCAUAUGGAUCACAUAUUGAUACUCGUAAAGCGUACUGUGAUUGGCAAGUCUUCCUUGUUGGAUGGUGGGCAUUUACUUCCAUCAAAAAGCACCUGGUGUUGAUCUUCUACAUCCUGCAAGUGUCUAACUAGCCUGAAAUUACUGAAGGGUUGUUGAGUAGUGUUGUGACAGAUAGUUUAAUAAAAAUGAUGAGUAUAGAAUUUUAAAUUACAAUCCUUUCAUAUUUUUAUCCUGUAGUCAACCUUAGCCAUUAGUAUUUAAUUUACUUGAAUGAGGGAGCGGUAUGAGUUGUAUUAUUAUUUUUUUAAUUUCUUAAUGAAAUUCCCUUGCAUUAAGGU